UGGGUGGAAGAACCUCUCGAAUUUCAUGAAUGGACGAUGAUGUGCGGCCUUCAAGAGCUCAGCGCAGAGUCUAGAUUACCCUACGCGCCUGAGCCAAUUGGAUUGGUAGAUACUACAAGCUCUGACUUUCAAGCAUGGAACUCAGAGACUCUGCUGGGGGCAGGUCCUGCACCCCACUUUCCCUCUCGGGUCGUAUGUGCUCUGGCCACGAAGCAGUAUCUCGGAGAUCGCAUCAGCAGUCAAGUCCCGCCUCAUCAUCUUGUCCACAUUCACAUGGAGCUUGCUGAGCAACUUCUCAUCCUCGCAAGUCAUGGAUACCAUUAUCGUGAUCUGAAUGAAGGCAACAUUCUCCUUUUGAAGGGGUCUGAGAAGACCCUCCUUAUCAUCGACAUAGGCAAUAUGCGCAAGAACUUGAGUCCGCGAGGAAGGUUGGGGCUGACGGACGCAGAGGCCAUCAUCGAUAGAGCCAUCGACGAUACGAGGUCGGCCAACGAAUUGUUUCUGCCCACCUGCUAUCUUCAUCUCGGACUUGCGAUCACGGAGUGGAACGCUGCGCUCGCUUUCGCACGCGAGGGCCCCCACCGCCCUUCCUACACAGGUGCCAGUGGAAGCCGUCCAAAGGUAUUGAAGAAAAUCGCAAAAGCGCUCUGGUAACAUCGCACAGCACUUAAAGCAGUGGCCAUGCACAGUCAUCGCUACAUCGAUGACUUGGAAAGUGCGGUAUACCUACACUUCUGGCG